AUGUCCACACCGAAAAACCGCCUCUCUGGCCUUCUUGGUCACUUUCUGCCUUCACAUGCCAGUAAUGAUGUAGGCACCGUGAACCACCACACAUUGUCACCAACGUUCUUCCUUCCGCGGGCAGCUGCAAUCGAGCCAGAUGCUGAAGCUAUAUACCAUGUAACUGCCAACAACAAAGUCCUGCGAAGAAGUUACAUCGAAGCAGCAGAUCGCGCACGAGGUCUUGCGUACUAUCUCAAGAAACAUGGAUACAAGCGCGUCGGCAUUUUGGCGCCAAACACACCUGCGUUCCUAGAAUCUAUAUUUGGCAUUGCGGCUGCUGGAGCCACGAAUGUUGCGGUAAAUUAUCGAUUGAAACACGAAGAUGUUGGCUAUAUAUUUGAACACUCGGAAGUCGAACUCGUUAUCGUUGACGAGGAAUUCGUCUCCCUGCUUGAUUCAUUCAAACAAAAUCACCCGAAUAUCCCGUUAUUGAUUGACACGGAUACGGAUGCAACAGAAGGUGAAUUGAGCGGUCCAUUUGACGACGCCGUUAUGGAAGGAUUGCAGUAUGAUGUCGCUUCGGGAAAUCAAGGUUGGAGUGGGUUGGAAGCCCAAGCUCCUGAUGAGAACUCGACAAUGGCUCUCGCAUAUACAAGUGGUACUACUGCCCGGCCCAAGGGAGUAGAGUACACGCAUCGAGGAGCAUAUCUGGCUGCGCUCGGUAAUGUAAUAGAAUCCGGGCUUAAUUACCACAAAGGUCGCUGUGGGUAUCUAUGGACAUUGCCGAUGUUCCAUGCCAUGGGAUGGACUUUCCCGUGGGCUAUCACAGCAGUCAGAGGAACGCAUUAUUGCCUUAGGAAAAUCGACUACCCAUACAUUUGGCAUCUUCUCAAGAACGAGAAUGUGACACACUUUAAUGCUGCUCCCACGGUAAAUACUCUUUUGUGUGCCGCUCGAGAGGCUGAGAAACUUCCGAACCCAGUGCGGGUUACCGUCGCUGCUAGCCCCCCAUCAGCACAUUUGUUUGAACAGAUGACAAAUCUCAAUCUUCAUCCGGUACACGUCUAUGGAAUGACCGAGACGUACGGCCCUAUAACUAAAGGCUACCACAUGCCAGUGUGGGACACUCUUCCAAUCAAGGAAAAAUACCAAAAGAUGGCCCGGCAAGGUCAUGGAUUCGUAACAAGUCUUCCCGCGCGAGUGAUCCAGACAGAAGUCCCUGAGGGAACCAUUGUCGACGUGCAGCGUAAUGGGCUUGAGCUUGGCGAGAUCGUUUUUGCGGGUAACAUCUGCGCCAAAGGCUACUACAAGGAUCCUGCAGCUACGCAAAAGUUGUUUGCGGGAGGGGUUCUACACUCGGGAGAUCUAGCGGUUUGGCAUCCAGAUGGAGCUAUUCAAAUAUUGGAUCGAGCCAAGGAUAUCAUCAUCAGCGGUGGUGAGAAUAUAUCUUCAGUAGCCCUGGAGUCGAUGCUGGUCACACACCCCGAUGUUCUUGAAGCUGGCGUCGUCUCCGUGCCCGACACUCACUGGGGCGAGCGACCGAAAGCGUUUAUCACGGUGCAAGCCGGGAAACAAGUUGAGGGCAAGGCUAUCAUCGAAUGGGCUAAGAAUGUCAGUGGAAUCAGCAAAUUCAUGGUCCCUCGUGAGGUUGAGGUUGUUCCUGAGCUUCCUAAGACUAGCACCGGCAAAGUCAAGAAGAAUGUCCUGCGAGAGUGGGCCAAGGGAGCUGAUCGAAAAACGGUGCAAUGA